CAAAAAACACAAUACAAAGGGGAAGGAAGGGUCGUGCGUGAGAGAAUAAGAGCGCACUUCCAUCGACCGACGCAUUCAUCUUCUUCCUCAUAUCUCUCUCUCUGUAUAUUCAGGUCGAGGAGAGUUCUCGAUCCUGUUACAUUUCUGCAAUUUAGAUCUUUACACAGACGAGAAGGGAGGUUAGGCAGUGAGUAUAUAAAAUUUCGUCUGGAUCUACACGGUUUUAGCGGGAAGAGGUUUUGAUUUGGGGAAUGCGUUGUUGAGCUGAUCUUAUAGGUUGAUUGAGGCUUAGCUCGGUCUAGAAUUUGUUAGCUUGGGAAAGGCCGAUGAAGAACGGGAUGGCCGAAUGCAGUGUAUGUCGUUCAAGGUUGGUUUCUCCCAGUAGCAGAGCUAUAUCGAGAGCUUAUGAUACCCACAAGAUUAGAGUAUCUUCUAAACAACGGGCCCUCAAUGUCUUUUUGGUAGUCGGUGACUGCAUGCUAGUUGGUCUACAGCCUGUCUUAGUGUAUAUGUGUAAAGUGGAUGGGAAGUUCAACUUUAGUCCUAUUAGCGUCAACUUCUUGACAGAAAUUGCAAAAGUUAUUUUUGCCAUUGUCAUGCUAUUGUUCCAGGCCAGACACCAAAAAGUUGGAGAGAAACCUCUACUAUCUCUUUCCACGUUUGUCCAGGCAGCUCGGAAUAAUGUGCUUCUCGCUGUUCCGGCAGGGCUGUAUGCCAUUAAUAACUAUCUUAAAUUCACAAUGCAGCUAUAUUUCAAUCCUGCUACUGUGAAGAUGCUCAGCAAUUUAAAGGUUCUGGUAAUUGCUGUACUACUGAAGAUGAUAAUGAAGCGACGCUUUUCCAUCAUACAGUGGGAAGCACUUGCGCUCUUGCUGAUAGGGAUUAGUGUAAAUCAGCUGCGUUCUCUUCCUGAAGGUGCUACUACUGUGGCUGUUCCAAUUGCUACGGGUGCAUACAUCUGUACCUUUAUUUUUGUUACUGUCCCAUCUUUGGCAUCUGUCUACAACGAGUAUGCUCUAAAGAGCCAAUACGACACAAGCAUUUAUCUUCAGAACUUAUUUCUCUAUGGUUAUGGUGCGAUAUUCAACUUCCUCGGAAUACUAGGAACUGUUAUAUAUAAAGGUCCUGGCAGUUUUGACAUCCUACAAGGACAUUCUAGGGCUACUGUGUUUCUGAUACUGAACAACGCAGCACAAGGGAUUCUAUCCUCCUUUUUCUUCAAAUAUGCAGAUACAAUCUUGAAGAAAUAUUCAUCAACGGUUGCCACAAUAUUUACCGGCAUAGCAUCUGCAGCACUCUUUGGACAUGUAUUAACCAUGAAUUUCCUUCUGGGGAUUUCUAUAGUUUUCAUUUCAAUGCAUCAGUUCUUUUCACCCCUUUCAAAAGCUAAAGAUGAGCAACAAAACGGAAACCUAGAAUUAGUUAAGGAAAAGGAUGGUCAUGGGGGUAAAGACUCACUAUUCAUCAACAUGGCAGCGGGAGCAAAUGAAGAGGCUAGUCACCGUGUUGAAUCAGACGACCGAGAGCCGCUUCUUCCCAGAUAAAAACAUCCCCGUGACUUCUGUUUCGAAGAAUUCUUUUGGCCAAGAUUAUUUUAGAGAUCAGGAAAUUUCGAUAGUAUACUACACGGAUUCAGCGCAAUAAACUUUGAGAGGUUGAGUCCUUUUCACCGUGCUGCAAUUCUCCCAAAGAGUCAGUUAAGUUCGUUAAGAAACAUCUUUAGAGCCUAAACCUGUAUUCUUUUUCGGAUAGAACAAUAACAACUCUUCAACGUUAUAUGUAUUUUUAAAGCAUCUUCCUUA